AUAGGCGCACACUCCCACGAGGACACGGAUCACACUGCUGGGUUCACAUGUUCCACCGUUCUGUUGCUCGGACACUUUUCAUUCCACCUCAAACUCCACUGAGGAUGGAGAAGUCACACAACUUCACAACGCACCAAGUUCUUCCCCUGCAGAGGGCUAAUGAUGCUUCCCAAACCGACAAAAGCAAUGGCAACGCAUACGUGUACAUUUUCAUAGUAAUCUCCUUCUAUGGAGUUUUCCUCGUUGGUAUAAUGCUGGGCUAUGUUCGCUCCAAAAGGCGGGAGAAGAGAAGGUCGAACGUUUUUACGCGCCUGGUGCACGAGGAGGAGCAGCGGGAAUGGGGCGCGCUGAAAAAGAAGCACAGCAUCACUAUGACCUCCUUCCAGGUAUCGCUUCCCUUCUCCGCGGGGAGCCAGGAUGUCAAUGAAGGAAGGGUCCCGAGCUCCCCUCUGGCCUGCGCCCUGUUCUCCAUUGAACAAACCAGUGUCAGUUCACUGUGCUCCUCCGCCGACGCGCGCUUUGCCAUCGAGGAGGAGUCGGACAGCGGGACCGCGGAGGGACCGGACGAGACGCUGAAGCGCAGUUCUACUGACAACAGCGACGACUCCGCAGAGAUACAGAUACUCGGAGAGGAACUGUGACGCUCAGAACAGAUGAUGAGAGGGGAAAUAAACGCAAAAAACUGUAGACUUUCCAUCCCUCUCCGUCAUAUAGGAAAUACGUGGAGAAGUUAAAGACUGAUAAAGUUUAGCUUGACAUAUGGAACAAUUGCUCUCUAACCAUCCGGUUCUGAGUAUUGAAACGUACCUGGAACCCACUUGAAAUAUAUUUUCUGUAACGAAAUCCUCUUAAGAUGUAGCCUAAUGAUUUCACUGUGCAGUGUUCAUAAUGUCUAUGUAGGUUUACUUGGGGUUGUUGUGUAAAUUGAAGAGAAGAAAAAAAAACAGUUGAAAAAUAAUGAUCUGUUUAAGAGAUAUGGUUCUUCUUUACUCUUCUUGGGAAAUACAUGUUUUUAUUUUGAAAAAACUUUGUUUCAAUAUCUAGUUUUCUCCAAAAGGGGGCAGUGCUGCAGUAGUUUUACCUCACCUGUUGCUGGGGAACACCAGUCAUUUCAGUAGAAUCAACACAACAUAGGGUUUACUGUCCUUGCAUUGUCUUAUUUGUUCUGAAGUGUUGACAUACUAAUUUAUAAAAUAAGAAGCUAUUUUUUCAGGCAGUUAGCUGAUUAUUUAUUUUGAAUGAUUUACAAUUACAUAAUUUAGCACAAUUAGCAGACACUCUUAUCCAGAGCCACUUAAAGGAGAAAACAGGGUUAAGUACCUUGCUCAAGGGCACAUUGCCAGAUCUUUCACCUAGUUGGCUCGGAGAUUCGAACCAGCACCCUAUAUCUGAAAAGUCAUCAUACGGUAUGAUUAGGCCAAACCAUCUCACCCACUGGAGAUCUUCCCAUGUGAUAGGAGUCCUGGGAAACAUGAAGAAUGCUGGGAUUUCUCCCAAUCGCUAUGACGACAAUGCUACUACAGCCCAUCCCCCUCCAGGCUCCCACCCACACACCAUACCAUAUCAGCCCUGCUGCAGGCCAUAAUGCUCACAACUCACUCCAUUGACAACAUGCCAAACCAAAGUGAGGUAGAACAAUAGUGUGAAAGAAAAGGAAUGUAUUUUAUGAUGCUAAUUAGAAUGUAAUGAACAAUAAACAAAAUUAACAGUAAACAUUACACAAGUUCCAAAAUAAAAAUACAUUUCAAAUGUCAUAUUAUGUCUAUAUACAGUGUUGUAAUGAUGUGCAAAUAGUUAAAGUACCAAAUUAAAAAUAAGUAUAUAUACAGUUGAAGUCAGAAGUUUACAUACACCUUCGCCAAAUACAUUUAAACUCAGUUUUUCACAAUUCCUGACAUUUAAUCCUAGUAAAAAUUCCGUCUUAGGUCAGUUAGGAUCACCACUUUAUUUUAAGAAUGUAAAAUGUCAGAAUAAUAGUAGUGAAUGUUUUAUUUCAGCUUUUAUUUAUUUCAUCACAUUCCCAGUGGGUCAGAAUUUUACAUACAUUCAAUUAGUAUUUGGUAGCAUUGCCUUUAAAUUGUUUAACUUGGGUCAAAUGUUUCAGGUAGCCUUCCACAAGCUUCCCACAAUAAGUUGGGUGAAUUUUAUCCCAUUUCUCCUGACAGACACGGUGUAACUGAGUCAGGUUUGUAUGCCUCCUUGCUCGCACAAGCUUUUUCAGUUCUGCCCACAAAUUUUCUACAGGAUGGAGGUCAGGGCUUUGUGAUGGCCACUCCAAUACCUUGACUUGUUGUCCUUAAGCCAUUUUGCCACAACUUUGGGGGUGUGCUUGGGGUCAUUGUCCAUUUGGAAGACCCAUUUCCGACCAAGCUUUAACUUCCUGACUGAUGUCUUGAGAUGUUGCUUUAAUAAAUCCACAUAAUUGUCCUUCGUCAUGAUGCCAUCUAUUUUGUGACGUGCACCAGUGCAUCCUGCAGCAAUGCACCCCCACAACAUGAUGCUGCCACCCCCGUGCUUCACUGUUGGGAUGGUAUUCUUCGGCUUGCAAGCCUGCCCCUUUUUCCUCCUUUGGCCAAACAGUUCUAUUUUUGUUUCAUCAGACCAGAGGGCAUUUCUCCAAAAAGUACGAUCUUUGUCCUCAUGUGCAGUUGCAACCCGUAGUCUGGCUUUUUUAUGGCGGUUUUGGAGUAGUGGCCUCUUCGUUGCUGAGCGGCCUAUCAGCUUAUGUCGAUAUAGGACUUGUUUUACUCUAGAUAUAGAUACUUUUGUACCUGUUUCCUCCAGCAUCUUCACAGGGUCCUUUGCUAUUGUUCUGGGAUUGAUUUGCACUUUUCGCACCAAAGUACGUUCAUCUCUAGGAGACAGAACGUGUCUCCUUCCUGCGCGGUAUGACGGCUGCGUGGUCCCAUGGUGUUUAUACUUGCGUACUAUUGUUUGUACAGAUGAACGUGGCACCUUCAGGUGUUUGGAAAUUGCUCCCAAUGAUGAACCAGACUUGUGGCAGUCUGACAUUUCUUUUCUGAGGUCUUGGCUGAUUUCUUUUGAUUUUCUCAUGAUGUCAAGUAAAGAGGCACUGAAUUUGAAAGUAGGUCUUGAAAUACAUCCACAGGUACACCGCCAAUUGAUUCAAAUGAUG